AUGUCGUAUUUUAUAUAGCUCUCAUUAUUUUUAUCAAUUUUUAUUUUUGAAAGAGUUAUUUGUUAGUGUGAUGUUAAAUGCUUAUCAUGCUCUGAUGGGAUAUGUUAGUAGUGCAUGGACGGAUACACUUAUAAUUAAUCUAAUUAUUCAUGCUAAUCGACAUGUUAAUAUAAUACAUACAGAGAUGAUACUACAGGAACUUGCUAAAGUGUUUGUCCAACAUCCUACUAUAAUAAUAAUAAUUUGUAUUCAUGUAUUUAAUAUCCUAACUGUCCUAACCUAAUUGAGAAAGGUUAAAACCAUUUUGAUUUGGUUACUGCUGCUGCAGUUACUUAGAAGUUGAUAUUUGCAAUAGGAAUAGUGAAUAAUAAACCUGUUAUGUCAAAUAACAUCAAAGUAUAUUCAAGAGAUGCUGAGUUAUAAGGAUAAUUAGUAGGUCAUUCAAAUAGUAUUAUUGGAAUUCAAUCAAUAACAGUUUAAAAUAUUGUACAGCUUUAUAGUUAUAGCUCUACGGAACUAAUUUUAUGGGAUGUUAACUUAUGUUAAAUGAUAAGAUAUGGAUUAUUUGAUUAAAACUUGCAAGCGAGUAGUAUUUCGUAUAUAGAUUAAGAUAUUAUUAUCUUAUAAUAAGAUAGCUAAACAUUUGGUGUAUUGCAAUUAAGCCAAUUCAGAAAUAUAAGCUAAAGCUAUUAGUCUACUCUUUUAGCAAACAAAUAAAUAAAUACUUUGACGGGCUUUACAAGGUUUUAGAAUAAUAUUUACACUUUUUCUCAAGAUGGAAAACUUUAUAGCUAUAAUUUAAAUUCGCUAUCUGAUGGCUUACAAAUAGCUGCGGUAAGUAACCCAAUACAGAGUGCAGUAGUUAUAUCUUAAAAUAAUAUAAUAAUUAUCUAUGGACUUAAUGUAUUGACAUAUUACAAUGGAUACAGCUCGAGUGUUGUUGAUUUAGGACACACAUUAACAAUAAAUAAAGUUCUUACUGAUGUUGAUUAGACUUUAAAGAUUAAUUAUAUUUUUACUUUUGAUGCUGCAUCAUUUAAAUUUUCAUAUAUAAAUUCUAACAAUCAAAUUUAAGUGAUUGAUUUCCGUAACAUCAAAAAAUCAUUCUCUAAACUCAUGAAAAGUUAUUUAGUAACAAUUGAUGCUUAUGGUUAAAUUAUCAUAUACACGUAUUCUAACAUGAUUCUGAAAGAAACUUUAACCUUAAAUCUAUCCUUUAAAACAUAUUUCGCUAUUAGUGAUGCAUACAUUGGAAUAACUUCUGAGCAAAUGUACAUUUUUGGAACAGAAUUAUUCUAUUUGAAUUUGAUGGUGUAAAAAUAACAGAUAACUUUAGAAAGCCGUAAUAAGAAUAUUCCAAUUCGAAUGACAUAGCAUACAAGCAAAGUAAACGGUAUAGUUUUUGAUAGAUUGUACAAUAGAGUAAUCACUUAUUCUGAUGAUGGUUCAAUUAUAUUUUAUGACUAGAUUGGUAAUUAAUAUAAAUUUGUUAUGCAAAAAUUCUAUCCAUCGACUAAUUGUGAUAUGUUAUAAAACACUCGUUGCUUUGUAGCAGUUAAUGAUUUAUAAAUUUUAAGACCUAAUUUGUACUCUACAAUUUACAGCAAUGGUUCUGUAAUUUUGUAUAAAUACUCAGCACUUUCUUUUGAUAUGAUCAAGCAACUUACAAUGAUAGAUACAACACUCCCUAUUUUAAAUACUUACUUUGUUGGAAGUUUAUUAGUAUAUUGCAAUGGUAAAGAAGUGAGAGUUUAUGAUGUAGAUCAAGAUCUAAUUGUUCUAAUAUAUGCUCCAGUCGAUGCACUUAAAAAUUAUUUUUUACAUUGUGCAACUGACUAAAUAGGUGGAGUAAAUUAUCUUAUAUUUUCAAGAAUUAUUAAUACAUCCUAUUUUAUUAUUGCUACUGAUACGUUUUAAAAUUUAGCCAUUGCUAAUUAUGUAAUUCCUUCUGCUUAAUAAUACAGUGUAUUAAGAGAUAUUUAUAUCGCCUAAUAUUUUAGUUCGAUAAAGUGGUAUAUGGUAACUAAUUCAUAACUUUAUCUAUAUUUUUCAACUUUUCCUAAUUUUAAAACAACAACUAUUUCAGUAUAUUAAAAUCUUCCAGUUUCUGUAGCUUUUGAUCCUAAUUCAAGAUCUUUCACAGUCUUUUCUAUGAAUUAAUACAUGUCUUACUACUUAUACAGUAGCGGAUCAUAUGUUAAAUAAAAUACUUUUUAAUUUGCUGCAUUUGCUACAGGUAAGUAGUCUACAGCCAUAUCAUUUCCAGAACUUUAUUUUAGUUUUUAAAAUACUGGUGUUAGCACAAUACAGAAUCAGGUAUUUGUCAUGAGACCUAAUUUAAAUUUUUAGCUCGUUCUAACAUUUGUUGACAAAAUCUCUUCUAUAAAUGUAGACACAGUAACAAAAAAGCUGUAUAUUGGAUUUGAAAAUGGUAAUAUCUACAAUGGAAAUUAUCUGGAAAACUACGUUCUUUUUUAACAAUAAGUAAAUUACAAUAAUUUUUAUUACUCUGAUCAAUCAGACCUGCUGUUUGCAUACAAUAAAGCCAUAAGCGUCAUUGAUUCUACAUAACUCUAAUAAACUGCCACCUUAUCAGAUUCAAAUAUGAUAAGCAAUUUAAAUGGAGUGCUUUUUAUUGAUAGUACUUAGUAGCUAAUAGCAUAUAAUAGUGAUAAAAAUAAAAAUUUAGUUAUGUGGGAUAUUAAAAGUAAUACAAACUAGUAGUUUAUGAAUGGUCAUACUACAGCAGGAGUAGUAAAUGCACAGCUAGAUAUAUAAAAUAGUUUGCUUAUUAGCUAAGGAGCUGAUUUUUUUAUUAUAAUUUGGAACUAUUUAACCUUAAGCUAAGUUUACAGAAUUUAAGACCAUGUAAAUGCAAUGAAUGCUUUGAAUUUAAGCUAAGCAUCUAUUCCAGCUGCUUAUCAAAUUUAAUAUUAAAUUACACUUUUUAUAGUUGAUACUAUUAACAAAGUUAUUGUUAGCGCUAAUAAUUUAGGUACUAUAUUUGUGCAUAGCUAUAUCACAUUCACAUCACAAUCCUACAAUAUUACCUCAAUGACUUAUGUUUAUGUUGAUAAUAUAUAUAACCAUAUUAUUGCUGCUUCAAAUAAUAAUUUCAUCUACAAGCUAACCAUUUUAAGUUAUACUUCUUCGUCUUUAACUUAUUUCAAAGACGUUACAAAUGUUCAUACAGAGUAGAUCCUAGGAGCAUUAAUUUAAAAUAAUAAUGUUUAUUCUUUUGAAGAGACUAAAAUUGUUGUCAUGGAUAGAUAAACCUUAACAGUUAAAAACACUAUAGUUUGUGUUAAUCCUUUAAUCACUAACUUUAUAGUUUAUGAAAAACUAAAUCAAGUAAUUAUUUGGAGUGAUGCAUAGACCAGUAUUUUAAAUCAAAGUAUUGGCAUAUAUAAUCUUUUAACUGGAGCUAAAAUAUAAGAUAUAAAUAAUAACCAAGUAAUUGAACAAGGCAAUAUUCAUAAAUUAAUAGUAGAUUAAGACACUAAUUAAUUGAUUAUAUCAAAAGUAUAUACAUACAAUUACAUUUACACAAUUGAUUUAUAAACUUUUUACUACUCAGGUUAUUAUACUCAAAGUUACACUGGGUAUAUUAAGUAGUGGUAAUUUAUUCCUAGGACUAAUAGGCUUAUCUAUAUAGACUCAGCUUCUCCAUCUAAUUUAUAGAUAUAUAACAUGGAAGGAUCCAUUAAUUUAAUUAAGAAAUUUUAGCUCAUUUCAGAUGAAAAAAAUGCUAACACACUGUUUAAUUAACAAACUUAAAAUAUUUAUUAUUUUGAUUCCCUUAAUCAGUCUUGGAAAUAUGAUCGUAAUUAAUAAAAGUUAACAUUCCUUAACAACAAUGAUUAAAUAAAAGCUUCAAAGUUCUUCUAAGACUAUUUCUAUGUUAUUACUGCUUCUUAAGUACUAAAGUAUACUUCAGAUCUUUUGUUGAUAAGUUCAUUUAAUUUUUAGACUUAUUAAUGCUUUUUUACAAAUCUCUACUUAUACCUUCUUGAUUUUAAUUAUAAUUUUAUCUAAUUGGCACUCACCAGCUUCGUUUAGCUUCCAUUUUAAAGAUAAUUAGAGAAUACAAUAAAGUAUUUUUUACCUAAUGAGAAUUAUCAAGAUGUUGUUAUCAUGUUAGUUACACAGAAAGUUUAUAGAUUUAAUAUGUAAAGUGGAAACACAAUUUAUAGCAAUUCCUAAGUAUAAAAUCUACAGAUGAUCGCUAUGGAUAGUAAUAAUUAGAUAAUAAUCUAUAUAUUUUAUCCACAAACAAUAAAUUUUUACUCAUACCAAUAAAAAGUACAGGAUUACACACAAAAUCUACUUUAAACCAUUAAUAAUGGAUUUUCUAUAUUUAAUGUUAUGCUUGAUUAUCAACAAAAUACUUUCAUUACAAUAUCAAUAUACGAUGUUGCUCCUAUUAUACGUAUUUACUCAUACGUAUUUAAUUAAAACUCUCUUCAACCUAUUACUUUAAUAUCUAGCAUUCCAUCUCCAUCAAGAUCUCCUAACUAGAAAAUAGAUUUGUCAGAUCCAACUAAAUUAUCAAUAGUUUUACCUUGGCAAAUCAUUAACUAUGACAGAAUUACUUAUAAAUUUGUAAGCUAUUUUAGAGAUACAUAAGUAAUUUACUCUCUAAUAAAUUAAGGUACUCUUAAUGGCUUUCCUAGCUUGCUUAAUUCAGUAUAGAGCGAUAGCAUAUAGCUAUAUUCCUAAGUGAAUAAUGUAUUUGCUUAACCCUCAUUAUUUAAAUUUCCUUUAUCAUACCCUGUGGUAUUAAGUUAUACAAUUAAUAGAAAAAGCAUAUAUUACUAAAUACAGAUAGCAGGGAUAAGUACAUAAUUCAUUUUUGAUUACUCAUUCUAGAUACCAACAUCUCAAAAUACAUAGUUUAACAAUUGCUUUUAGAAUAUAAAUGGGACGUUUAAGUACACAGUUGACAUGUAAAUGAUGACACUAUAAAAUUCAAUAAACAAGUUGAAUUUUAAUCUAUCAAGUAGCUUGAUAUAAGUUGAUGCCCAAAAUGCUUUCUUUUAUCACUCAUUGAUGACUUCUUAUAAUGCAAGUGUCAUUUAUUAAAAUUAUAGUUCAAAUCCUCCUACUGUAAAAGUUACAAGCAAUUUAUUUUCAAAUAUUGGUUUGGAUUAAAUUAUUAUUGACAACUAUGUUUUGGAUAUUUCAAAUGGAGGAUAAAUCAAACUAAAUACUAAUGCAAAUAGAUUGGUUUUUAAGUCAAUUCAAAUUGUUGGAAAUUCAUAAAACUUUUCAUUUUUAUUUACUAACCUAUAGAGUGUGAUUAUAGAAAACAUUUUAAUAAAUAACCUGAUACUAAGUGGAUCGACGGUAUUAUUUAACAUUACUUCAUGUCAGUCUGUUUACAUCAAAAACUUUAGAGUGAGAUCUCUUAGUUUAGGUAAUAAUGCCUAGCUGUUUUACAUUAGAAGCAUAUCUUAAUAGCUUUUAAUAGAAAAUAUGAGUAUAAAUUACUUGUCUGUUGAUUAUUUACAGCAAUAGAAUUUUGUGAUUGGACUAAUUAAUAUCGCAAUGGCUUAAAUAAUUAACUCACAUUUUUCUUAAUAUGUGGCUAUAAAUUCGUAAAAGCCCUUCUACUUUAUAUCAUUAUAAGGAAUCUAAUAGUUAACAAUCAGUAAUGUAUAAUACACUGAUUCAAUAGCUUUUGGAUUUAUUCAAUAUAAAAACUACUAUAGAGAUAAUUAACAAAUAGUUUAUCUUCAUAAUGAUGUAUUUUAAAUAAAAUCAAGCUAAUUUAAUAACCACUUUUACUUGAACUCCCCUUUUAUUAGUAUUGAAGGUAACUCAAUAACAUUUAAUCACACUUAAUUUUAGUAUAUUGAGUGCUUUACUUGUUCAGGUACUGUUAUUUCCUUAAUAUCUGUCUAAAGUUAAUUUUUGGUAGUUUUUAGCAUAUUUAAUAAUACAGUUGGCGAAUAAGGAGGAGCUAUUGCAUUCUUAAAUAACUUAAACGUUAGUUUAACAAUUUAAGACUCUACUUUUUUGAACUGCACUGCAUAAGCAAGUGGAGGAGCCAUUUUUUUAUCAUCUAGUGAUUUAUUAUUAAAUCGUACUACAAUUUAAUUAUGCUAAGCCUAGAUAGGAGGAGGUAUAAGAUACAUAGGGUUAGAACCUAUCUUCAUUUACUAUUAAAGAAAAUACUUAUCUUAGAAAGAUAAGAACUUUUUCAUAAGUAAUGAUAUAAGUAAUAAUUAUGCUUCUAUUUAUGGAUAAAAUGUAGGCUCAUAUCCUAAAAUGAUAAAGAUUAUAGCCUAGACAAAUCUUUCGCAAUAAACUUACAAUAACAGCUUAGACACUGAUACAUUUAAUUUAGAUUUAUAUUUGCUACAAAACUUUUAAAGUGGAGCAGAUAUCAGCUUUUAAUUUUAAAUUUUAGAUUAGGAUAGUAAUCCAAUUUUUUUUGAUCUAAGUGCACUAUAAAAUAACUACUACCCUGAUUCUAUUAUAUAAGAGAUAUAGUAGUUCAGCAUCAAAGCUCUUCCUGGAAAUGAUAAUAUUAAAGUAUUCGGUUAAUAUAUUACUGACUACACUUAAUUUAAUUUGGACACUAAAACUUUUACAAUUACUUCAAUGCUUAUUAUAGGAUAACCAUCAAGUACAAAUUAUAUUUUAUUUGAGAGUCCAUCAAUUUAAAAGAUUUUAAAUCCAGACACUGAUAGAGAUUUUAACGCAGGUCCCUUUCACAUCAGACUAAAUAUUUAGUUUAGAAAAUGCUUAAGAGGAGAAGUCUACAAACUCAGUGGAAGUAUAUUCUAUUGCUAAGAGUGUAAAGAAGGCACUUAUUCAAUAGUUUAACCAAUUCAAGAUGAUUAUGAUACUCAGCUAUGUUUAAGAUGCCCUGAUGAAGCUAGCUACUGUUACAGAGAUUAAAUGGAACUAAAGUCAGGAUAUUGGAAGUAUAGCAAUGAUACAGAUUAAAUUGUUUAUUGCUCUAACUAACCUGAAAAUUGUAAUGGCGAUUAACUACAUGAUUAUUGUGUAGAAGGACAUAUAGGUCCAUAAUGUGAAUAAUGCGAUAUUUAUGGUAAUAUGUGGGAAGCUGAAUAUUAAUCAGAUGGUAAGUUUAGCUGCAUCAAUUGCACUGAACUAAGAUAGCCAAAAUACUUAUUCCCUAUGAUAUUUAUUGCUUUAGGAAUGGUUAUUUAUAUUAUUCUAAGUGUUCAUAUUGCUUACGAAAUAAAUACACUUAUAGUACAAGGAUAUUACUUACGAUAAUUAAAUCUAUUAAGUAUAAAUAAAAGUGCUUAUUAAGACACUACCAAUAUGAAUAUUAAAGCAAUGGUAAAUUACAUGUAGAUUAGUUCUAUGGUCAACACUUUUGUGGUCUAGUUACCUUCAUGGAUGACAUUUAUUCCAGAUUAUUUUGGCUCACCUAUUUAAAAUAUGCUGCAUACAUUUGAUUGUUACUUAAACAAGGCACAAUAGUCAAAGUAUCCUAUUGUUUUUUUAAGAACUUUGUGGAGCUUGGCUAUUCCUAUAUUUUAUUUGCUAGGGGCAGGUGUCAUUUAUUUCAUAUUAGUCAAAUUAAAGCUUUUUAAAUAUAGAUAGUCUUAUAUUAUCAGUGGUUUGGUAUUCUUAUGCUUCUUUACAUAGCCAAAUAUGGUGUCUGAUCUAUUAGGAGUAAUGUCUUGUAGAGAUAUUGAUGGUAAAUUAUAUAUAUCUUCAGAUAUUUCCUAUGAGUGCUACACUUAAAUUCAUGUAAUCUAUAUUGGAAUUGUUUGUAUACCUGGCUUAAUUCUUUGGGGUUUAAUGAUACCAGCCUUUAUAAUUAGAUUGCUUGUUUCAAACAAAGAAUAUCUUGAUCAUGCAACAAUACGUCUCAAGUAUGGCUUUUUAUAUUAGGAUUAUAAAAACAGUAGAUAUUAUUGGGAGUUUUUAAAGAUGUAUAAAAAACUUUUUGCUGUGGCAGUCUUAAGUUUUUAUGGGAAUCCAUACACAAAUAAGUUGGUUAUUAUAUUAGUUGUUUAUUUGCUUUACCUUGUAGCCUUACUCCGUUUUAGGCCCUAUUAGAUGCAAUAUUUUUAGAAAAUUGAUAGAGCUAGUAUGAUUGUAACUAUAGUUAUUCUUUUAAUGAACAUCUUUCUGUAUAAUAAACCAGACAUGGUUUAAUAAGAAUUAUUUUAUGUUAUCAUUAUCAUUUUACAUAAUUCAUAUUAAUUUUUUUUGCUUCUGGAAGUUUGUAGAGCUAAAAUUUCAGUCAUCUAUAGAGUCAGAUAUAAUCAAUUUUUAAAAUGGCUUGUUACUAAAAUACCGUUUUUGAAGCCCUAUAUUGUAAUAAAUUAAAGAACUUCUAUGAAAACUUUCCACUUAUGGAUGAAAAUCACUUAUUAUAUUAAUGAGUAUGCUGAAAGAAAAUAAUAUAACGAAAUAGAUUAGGUCAAUUUGAUAGGCUCAAUGUCCUAAAGCAAGGAAUUACAUAAUUAGAGCUUCUUACCAAGUAAAAGAAAUAGAAUUAGAAUGUAAAACAGCAAUACCUUAUAACCACUAAAAGGUGGAUAAAUUUAGCAAUCAAUAAGACUGGAUAACCAUAAUCCUAUUUAAGAUGAUUAUUCAUAAAGACAUUCUUUUCAGAAAGAUUAAUUAUUGUCUGCAGAUAGGCUUGAUCCUCAUUUUUUAAGCCCUAAAGGAUCGUCAAAUAAUUUGCUAUUUUUAUCAGCAAGAAAGGAUGAAACUUUUAAAAGCAAUGGAAAUUAUAUUGAAUUUGAUGAUAUUUUACUCUCUCCUUCAAGAAAUACAUUACUGCAAUCUCCUGUUUCAUCUUUAAGGUAAGAUAAAAGCGAACUUAAUCAUUAUGGGGAGAUAGAAGAAGCUGAGGAUGAAAGAAGGCUUAUAAAGAAAAAAGGAAUUAAUUAUGAUCAUAAUUUAUAUUAAAAAACUGAUUUAAUAAAAAAAAAUUUGAUCCUUAUAGAUACAUAUUUCAAUAAUUAAGUAGAAUAAAAGUUUAAUCAACUAUAAAAAGUAUAAGAAGCAAAUAUAGAUGCUGAAACUCCAGAUAUAGACGAAAGUAUAGAAUUACAAAAAGAAGUCCUUGUUAAUUCAUUAAGAAACACAAACACUUUAGCUCCUAGAUUCUAAAUUAGCCAAAUAUAACAAGAAGAUAAAGACUUUACUCCAACUCCAAAUUAAGAAAAUGCAAAAUAACUUAUUGAUCUAAACGAGAGUGAUGAUGAUGAAGAUGCAUAAUAAAAAUAGGAGAAGAUGGAAAAGAAAGAGGAAGAGGAAGAUUAUAGGAGAAUUUAAACUAAGAGUCAAAUAAAUCAUGUCCUAAAUGUUUAAAGGAAAACUAAUAUCAUAUAUAAAAAUCUAAAGAAAGUAGAAUGUUCAGAUUUAAAUUGUUUGUAAAAUUCAAAUUCAAAUGAAAAACAAAAUGAAAAUAUUUUAGAAACUGAAGAAGAUUCUUCUAAGCCUUAGGAUCAAAAUUUGGUAUAAAAAUAAAAAAGUUUUCAAAAUCAAUAAUCUCUAGAAUCUAUUUCACAAAUAGAUUCAAUGUCUUCAAAAUAAAUUAUUGACCCGUCUUAAAAAGAUAUUAAAAAUGUAAUAUAAGCUCGUCCAAAUGCGUUAUUGGGUAGUCCUUAAAUUGAGAAAAUAGUAGAAAGAAAUAAUAGUUUAUCAUAAAAUUUUCUCUUGCCAUAAUAAAGUUUGUAAAAGCAAGAAACAGAAAUAAGCAUGUCUAAAGAAAUAUAAAAUAUAAUUCAAAAUAAAGCUAUAACCGCUGAGAAAAUGAUUAAAGAAAUCCAUGAUUGA